GCCAUGGCAGGGCCCCGGCUGCUGCUUCUCCUGACCCUGGGCACUGCCAUGCUUCACACAGGUAUGUGUAUUGUUCCUUUCCCAUCGAUGGCUCCCCCACUCACCCUUUUGGUAGAUGGGCAACAGAAGACGCUGGUGAUCUGCGUGGUCUUUGAUGUGUCUCCUUCCUUUGUGGAUGGCUCCAUCUGGUUCUCAUCUGGCAAUGGUACCGCCUUGGAUGCCUUCACAUAUGGCCCCUCGCCAGCUGGGGAUGGCACGUGGAGCAGCCUGGCCCAGCUUUCCCUCCCUGCUGAGGAGAUGGCUUCCUGGGAACCUCUGGUCUGCCACACAGGGCCAAGCUGGCAGGAUCAUGGCCCAAGCACCCGUCCUCUUCGGCUAUCUGGUGAGCCUGUGGGAGAGAAAUGCCAGAAGGAACCAACCACUGGCCCACACAACCUCUCCCAGACACUGAUCCUAGGGGCUGUUCGGCUCAUCCUCUUCAAGCUGCUUAUAUUUGAUGUGCUAAUGACUUGCUGCCACCUCUGGGCUCUGGGGAUCACAGCCACAAACAGUAUUGACUCUAAGGGGUCAAAAGUCUAA